GGGUAGAAAAAGGCGCAUCCCACAUUGCCAAUUUGCCAUUGCCACUCACUGAUUCCAUUGCGACAAACAAGAAGAAGAAGAAGAAGAAGAAGAAGAAGAAGAUUACAGUGAAGAAGCACGCAUCGAUCUUCUCUUCCCCUCUUCUGCCUGUAGGGCUUUCAUUUUCCGAUUCACCGACGCCAUUACACCCCCGAUUCAUCGUCUUCCUCGCUCUUUCUGAACAGUUUGUGCGUGAUGGGGGAGAGAACCCCACCUGGGAGUUACUUCCAUUACCCUCCCCCUUCGGCCCACGCAUCUCCUCACAGGACCCCUUCAAUUCCCUCCUCAGAUCGGGAGAGGUAUCUAACUGAAUUGCUAUCGGAGAGACAAAAGUUGGGUCCCUUCGUCCAAGUUUUACCUCAUUGUAGCAGACUUCUGAAUCAGGAAAUCAGACGGCUAUCAGGCCUUAAUCAAACUUCUGUGGAUCAUGAGAGAUUUGAGCAUGGGAGUCCUUACCGAUCACUAGGCCAGCUAUCGAAUGGAAGACCAAUGGACUUGGAAGGAUGGCCUCCAAUGCAAAUGGAGGGAAGUGGACACGUCCAUGGGAUGGCUCCCCUUCAAGCUCAUUCAAUGGGUUGGCCGAGGGUGCAAGGAAUUCCUACUACGCCAAUAGUGAAGCGAGUCGUUAGACUUGAUGUACCUGUUGACAAAUAUCCGAAUUAUAAUUUUGUUGGACGACUUCUGGGACCACGUGGAAACUCCUUGAAAAGAGUUGAAGCCUUGACAGAGUGUAGGGUGUACAUAAGAGGCAAGGGCUCUAUCAAAGAUGCUUUAGAGGAAGAGAAACUAAAGGACAAGCCUGGAUAUGAGCAUCUUAAUGAGCCAUUGCAUCUGUUGGUUGAGGCAGAAUUCCCCGAGGAUACAAUAAACUCACGCUUGGAUAAUGCAGUGGCAGUUUUAGAAAGCCUUUUGAAGCCUGUGGAUGAAUUGCUAGAUCAAUACAAGAAGCAACAACUUAGAGAACUGGCAUUACUAAAUGGCACCCUAAGGGAGGAAAGUCCGAGUAUGAGCCCGAGCAUGUCCCCGUUUAACAGCACGGGGCUCAAACGGGCCAAGACGGGAAGGUAGGGGAGCAACUUCUGGAUGACGAGCUUCACCGACACUCUGUUCGAUCCAUGGAAGCUGUUUUCUCCAUCAUCGAACGGCAAAGUUAAUUCCGAGAGCUUUUGCUGUCUUCUUCACCAUCAUGCUCAAUUGGCCAAGAGUUUUGCUGAUUUUGCUCUCAUAAAUCUGAUGGCCUAUGCUGUUUGACUGACGACUUAUUUCCUUAAUAUGGGAAGGAGGGGAGAGCCCUCCCCAUUUGAACAUUAUUUCAUUUUUUUUCCCUAAAGUAGUUAUUUGAUUUAGGUUAAAUUAUAAAUUUAGUCCCUAAACUUUUAGUCUUUAAAUUUUAAAUCAAUUACAGUUCUAAAUGAUUCUAUGUAGGUUUUGAUA